AUGUGCGUCUUUGUUGAUUGGUUUCGUUAUCUAUCAUUUAUUCUUAUUUAUUCUUUGGAAUUAUCAUUCGUCAUUUUAGGAUUCCAAGAUUUUGGUUGGCGCGCAAAAUUUGAUAUUCAAUUAAUUCGGCAUUUUUCUUUCUUUCUUUCGUCCUUAUUUCUUUCUUUCUUUCUUUCUUUCUUUCUUUCUUUCUUCACCUUCUUUGUUUCCCUUGUUUGUUUGUUUGUUUCUUUCUUUCUUUCUUUCUUUCUUCACCUUCCUUCUUUCUUUUUUCUUUUUUUCUUCGCCUUCUUUCUUUCUUUCUUUCUUUCUUUACCUUCUUUCUUUCUUUCUUUCUUUCUUUCUUCACCCUCCUUCCCUCUUUUUUCUUUCUUUCUUUCUCCGCCUUCUUUCUUUCUUUCUUUCUUUCUUUCUUUCUUUCUUUCUUUCUUUCUUUACCUUCUUUGUUUCCCUUGUUUGUUUGUUUCUUUCUUUCUUUCUUUCUUUCUUUCUUCACCUUCCUUCUUUCUUUUUUUCUUUUUUUCUUCGCCUUCUUUCUUUCUUUCUUUCUUUCUUUCUUUCUUUCUUUCUUUCUUUCUUUCUUUCUUUCUUCACCUUCCUUCUUUCUUUUUUUUUUUUUUUCUUCGCCUUCUUUCUUUCUUUCUUUCUUUUAUCUUUCUUUCUUUCUUUUCUUUCUUUCUUUCUUCACCUUCUUUCCCUUGUUUUUUGUUUGUUUUUUCUUUCUUUUUUUCUUUCUUUCUUUCCUUCCUUCUUUCUUUUUCUUUUUUUUUUCUUCUUUCUUUCUUUCUUUACCUUUUUUCUUUCUUUCUUUCUUCACCCUCCUUCCCUCUAUUUUCUUUCUUUCUUUCUCCGCCUUCUUUCUUUCUUUCUUUCUUUCUUUCUUCACCCUCCUUCCCUCUUUCUUUCUUUCUUUCUUUUUUUCUUAAUCUUCUUUCUUUCUGUCUUUCUUUCUUUCUUUCUUUCUUUCUUAAUCUUCUUUCUUUAUUUCUUCACAUUCUUCUUUCUCUCUCUCUUUCUUUCGUCAUAUUCUUUAUUUUUCUCUCUUUCUACACCAAUUUUCUUUCGUUCAGUCCUUUCUUUCUUCAACUCCUUUCUUUCUCUCUUUCUUUCUUCAUAUUCUUUUUUCUUUCUUCACAUUCUUUCUUUGUUCAAAUUCUUUCUUUCUUCACCUUCAUUCUUUCUUUCUUUCUUUCCUUCUUUCUUUCUUCCUUUCUUUCCUUCUUUCUUUCUUUCUUUCUUUCUUUCGUUCUUUCUUUCUUUCCUCACAUUCUUUUUUUCCUUUUUUCUUUAUUUCUUCACCUUCUCUCUUUCUCGCGCAUGAAUUGGUUUAGCGCGCUGAAUUUGAUAUUCGAUUAA